UAGCACCAAGUUAAUAAAUAACUGCGUGUCAUCAGGGAUUUUGUCCCAGCGCUACCUGAGGGCGUGGGGGGACUUUUAUCCCAAGCAUCCACCCAGGACUCAGGCAGAGCAAGGGGAAGGAGCUGCCAAGGGAAAGGAGCUGCCGUCUCUUCUCCCCUGAGCCAUGUCAGCGGCCCUGGAGGAGUUCUGCGGCUCUGUCUUCUGGAAUGAUUCUUACCUUGCUCGCCCAGAUGCCGACCUGCCUGUGUGCUUCCAGCAGACUGUGCUGGUCUGGGUCCCCCUUGGCUUCUUCUGGAUUUUGGCUCCAUGGCAGCUCUUGCCCAUGUGCAAAUCCAGAGCCAAGAAAUCAUCUGUGACCAAACUCUACAUCAUCAAACAGAUCCUGGCUGCUUUGCUGGUGCUGACGGCAGUGGCAGAGUUGGCCCUGGCGUUUGUAGAGGACACGGAGCAGAACACCGUGCCAGCUGUCAAGUACACCAACCCCAGCCUGUACAUCGCCACCUGGCUCCUGGUCCUGCUGAUCCACGAGGCACGACGCUUCUGCUUGCGCAGAGACUCGGGUGUACUUUUCUGCUUCUGGGUACUGUCCCUGCUCUGUGGGAUACUGCCGUUCCAGUCACUUGUCCGGAGAGCCCUGCAGGAACCAAUCUCUGACCUGCCACGGUUUAUCCUCUUCUUCAUCUCCUAUGGGCUCCAGCUGCUCCUCUUCCUUGUCUCAGGUUUCUCAGAUGUUGCCCCAGAAACAAAGGAAAUGAGGAAGAAGAACCCAGAGGUGACAGCCUCCUUCCUGAGCUCCAUCACCUUCGAAUGGUACAGCAGCAUUGUUCUCAAGGGCUAUCGCAAGCCUUUGGAGAUAGAGGAUAUCUGGGAAUUGAAAGAUAAAGACAGGACACAGGCACUUUCCACUGCUUUUGAGAAGAACAUGAAGACUGCCUUGCAGAAGGCCCAAGCAGAACUGGAGAAACGGAAACACAAGAAAAGACGACAGAAAGUUGACCUGGACCAUGGAAACAUGACCAAGGCCCAGAGCCAAGACAUCCUGGUGCUGGAGGAGAAGCAGCCGAAGAAGAAGAAGAAGAAGGGAGACGAAGGGGACUCUGGCCCUCACGGGGAUUACGCCAGGGGUUGGUUGAUGAAAACCCUGGGCAAGACCUACCGGCGGAACCUCAUGCUAGCAGUGGCAUUCAAGGUGGUGCAUGAUGCACUUGUGUUUGUCAGCCCCCAGCUGCUCAAGCUGCUGAUUGCCUUUGUGUCGAAUGAGGAUUCCUUUGCCUGGCAAGGCUAUUUAUACGCCAUCCUGCUCUUCCUGACGGCAGUGAUCCAGUCCCUCUGCCUGCAGCAGCACUUCAGCUUAUGCUUUCAGCUCGGCAUAAAUGUGCGUGCCAGCCUCAUCGCUGCCAUUUACAAGAAGUCACUCACCAUGUCCGGUGCCACCCGCAAGGAGUCCACAGUGGGAGAGACUGUGAAUCUGAUGUCAGCUGAUGCCCAGAGGUUCAUGGACUUGGCCAACUUUAUUCACCAGCUGUGGUCAUGUCCCCUGCAAAUUAUCCUGUCCAUUGUCUUCCUCUGGGGAGAGCUGGGCCCCUCUGUCUUGGCUGGCCUUGCAGUCAUGGUACUACUGAUCCCUAUAAACGCGCUCCUGGUUGCCAAGGCCAAAACCAUUCAGGUGAGAAACAUGAAGAACAAGGAUGAACGGAUGAAAAUAAUGACUGAAAUCCUCAAUGGAAUCAAGAUCCUGAAGCUUUUUGCCUGGGAGCCCUCAUUUGAAAAGCGAAUUAAUGGCAUACGGGCACAUGAGCUGAAGAACUUGCUGAACUUCAGUUACCUGCAGUCUGUCUCUGUCUUUGUGUUCACGUGUGCCCCCUUCCUGGUCUCCUUGGCCAGUUUUGCUGUCUAUGUGCUAGUGGAUGAGAACAACAUCCUGGAUGCACAGAAGGCCUUUACUGCUAUCUCCCUUUUCAACGUCCUGCGUUUCCCCAUGGCCAUGCUGCCCAUGGUCCUCUCUUCAGUAGUGCAGGCCAAUGUGUCGACUGCAAGGCUGGAGCGCUACCUGAGUGGAGAAAACCUGGACACCUCAGCUAUCUACCACAACACCAUUCCAGGCAGCGCUGUGCGUUUCUCGGAGGCCACCUUUUCCUGGGAGCAGGACAGCAGUCCUGCGAUAAGAGAUGUGACCCUGGACAUUGCACCUGGGAGCCUGGUGGCCGUGGUGGGAGCUGUGGGCUCAGGCAAAUCGUCAUUGGUGUCAGCCAUGCUUGGGGAGAUGGAGAAUAUCAAGGGACACGUCAACAUCCAGGGUUCCCUGGCCUAUGUCCCCCAGCAGGCCUGGAUCCAGAAUGCCACGCUGAAAGACAACAUCCUUUUUGGGUCAGAACUGGAUGAAGCCCGGUAUCAGCAGGUCCUUAAGGCCUGCGCCCUCCUUCCAGACCUGAAGCUGCUGCCUGCAGGUGACCAGACAGAGAUUGGAGAGAAGGGUAUCAACCUGAGUGGGGGCCAGAAGCAGCGAGUGAGCCUGGCCCGGGCAGUGUACAGCAACGCAGACAUCUACGUGCUGGACGACCCGCUGUCUGCCGUGGAUGCUCACGUUGGCAAGUACCUCUUCGAGCACGUGCUGGGGCCAAAAGGGCUGCUGCAAAACAAGACGCGGAUCUUGGUGACGCACGGUAUCAGCUUCCUGCCCCAGGUCGACAACAUUGUGGUGCUGGCAGCAGGAGCAGUGACUGAGCAUGGCUCCUACAGCAACCUGCUGGCAAACAAGGGGGCCUUUGCCCAAUUCCUGAACUUGUAUGGCAACCAGGAGGAGGAUGUUUCAGAGAAAAAUACCACAGCUGUUGGCUUAGCUGGGGGUGAAGAACAGAGUGAUGAUGAUCUUGAGCCUUUCGUGGAGGAGGGCUCUGAAGAUGUGGUGACUAUGACCCUGAAGCGAGAGGCCAGCAUCCAUCGGAGACAAUUGAGUCACAGGCUUAGUAAAAAAAGCACCAGUUCCUGGAAGAAGGCCAAGGAGGAGCCCCCAAAGAAGGUGAAGGGACAGAAACUGAUUGAGAAAGAAACUGUGGAAACCGGCAAGGUAAAGUUCUCCAUGUACCUGCGGUACCUGCGUGCUGUGGGCUUGUGCUAUUCCUUCUGGAUCGCCAUGGGCUACGUUGGAGAGUACGUUGCCUAUGUGGGGACCAGCCUGUGGCUCAGUGCCUGGACGGACGACGCGCAGCGCUACCUGAACCAGACCUAUCCCACGGAGCAGCGAGACCUGCGGAUCGGUGUCUUUGGGGCACUCGGGGUGUCACAAGCUCUCUUCCUGCUCUUUGCCACCAUACUCUCUGCUCGGGGCUCCGUGCGAGCCUCACGGGUUAUGCAUCAGCAGCUGCUCAGCAACAUCCUGCGUGUGCCCAUGAGCUUCUUUGACACGACCCCAACUGGCCGCAUUGUGAAUAGGUUUGCCAAGGACAUCUUCACGGUAGACGAGACCAUUCCCAUGUCAUUCCGCAGCUGGCUCUCCUGUUUCAUGGGCAUCAUUAGCACAUUGGUCAUGAUCUGCCUGGCCACUCCAUACUUCGCUCUCAUUAUCAUUCCCUUGAGCAUCUUCUACUAUUUUGUGCUGCGCUUCUAUGUCUCCACGUCACGUCAGCUAAGGCGUCUGGACUCUGUCACCAGGUCUCCCAUCUACUCCCACUUUGGUGAGACAGUGUCAGGCCUUUCUGUGAUCCGGGCCUAUGGACACCAAGAACGCUUCCUGCAGCAUAAUGAGGCCAUCAUGGACAUCAAUCAGAAAAGUGUUUAUUCCUGGAUAAUCUCAAAUAGGUGGCUGGCCAUCCGUCUGGAGUUCGUUGGGAGCCUGGUGGUCUUCUUCUCUGCACUUCUAGCAGUGAUUUCAAAGGGCACUUUGGAGGGCGGCAUCGUGGGUCUUUCUGUCUCCUCUGCUCUCAGUGUGACCCAGACACUGAACUGGCUGGUGAGGACAUCUUCGGAGUUGGAGACAAACAUCGUGGCUGUGGAGCGGGUACACGAGUACACAAAGGUGAAGAAUGAGGCUCCAUGGGUGACAGGAAAGCGACCACCACAUGGCUGGCCCAGCAAAGGCGAGAUCCAGUUCAUUGACUACAAAGUUCGUUACAGACCUGAACUGGACCUGGUUCUUCAGGGGAUCACCUGCAAUAUUGGGAGCACUGAGAAGGUUGGGGUUGUGGGCCGGACCGGGGCUGGAAAAUCCUCCCUCACCAACUGCCUCUUCCGAGUGCUGGAGGCUGCUGGAGGGAAGAUCAUCAUCGAUGAGGUGGACAUAGCAACAAUUGGCCUCCAUGACUUGCGCAAGAACCUCACCAUCAUCCCCCAGGACCCUGUGCUCUUUACUGGAACCCUGCGGAUGAACCUGGACCCCUUUGACCAGUACUCAGACGAGGAGGUCUGGAAGGCCCUUGAGCUGGCUCAUCUGAAGACAUAUGUGCAAGGCCAUCCCGAGGGACUGCUGCAUACCCUGAGCGAGGGAGGGGAGAACCUGAGUGUUGGGCAGAGGCAGCUGGUGUGCCUGGCCCGGGCCCUUCUCCGCAAAGCCAAGAUCCUCAUCCUGGAUGAAGCAACAGCAGCCGUAGAUCUGGAAACUGACCAUUUAAUCCAGACAACAAUCCGGAGCGAGUUUGCUGACUGCACUGUCCUUACUAUCGCCCACCGCCUCCAUACCAUCAUGGACAGCAACAGGGUGAUGGUGCUGCAAGCUGGGCAGAUUGUGGAAUUUGACAGCCCUGAGGAGCUGCUCCAGAAGCAGGGCAUCUUCUCCGCGAUGGCAAAGGACGCUGGCAUCACCAAUACUGAAAGUACAGCCCUGUAGGGGGAGCGCUGCAGUGUCCGGGCGUGUGCGGGCAGCUCCCUCCUGCUGGCGCUCACUGAGCUGGCGUCAGCGUCUCCCCGCAGCCAAGCUGCCCAGGAAUUUGCCUUUCUGCAGCUGGGAAGCAGAGAGGGUGGCUUCUCUGGUUGUCCAGAGACAGAACAUUGCUACCAUGCCCUGCCUGCUGUGCACACAAGGGUCUGGAGCUGCCUAACUUAUUCUACAGAGGGGAAAAGCUAUCUGCGAUGCAGGGAGAUCAUGACCCCUGUUUGGGGUGGUCUUACUUUUUGUACUUUACCAUGCGCAGUGAACCUACCUUAGAUGCUUUAGCACUAUGAAAUUAAAUUGCUGUUUAAUCUAAGAA